AUGUUUGAAUCCAGCUGCCUUUGCGGCGCUAAUCGGUUGCGCUGGGAAGCUGAGCCUUUCUUGAGGAUGCGUUGUUGGUGUGUGGACUGCAAGAAGUUCUCAGGGUCGACGAACACAAACAAUAUCCUGGUACCUCUCAAGGGGAUGAAGGUGGUGAAGGGCAACCUCAAGACAUUCACCUUGGACGUCGAGUCUGGAAACCAGAUGACCAGCUUCUUCUGCGACCAUUGCGGGUCGACCUUGUACCGUAGGAGCAGCGGAAUCAGUGAUGGAGUGGCCGUGAUGGUUGGUGGUGUUGACGGCGAUGAGAUGUUACACGCCAGCAAGCCUCAGGUCGAGAUCUAUACGAGCAGUCGUCCAGAAUGGGUCGCUCCCAUCAAAGGGGCAGAGCAGGUGGAGGGCGCGUGGCAUCCGCGGCCUGACCAGUUGCCCAAGCGGGCUUGA